AUGCAAGCCAUUCCACAACAGUGCCAACAAUGUGCACCUUGCACAGGCAAUUUUAAUGCUUUUGCAAAUGCUGCUCUACCACAGCAAUAUUCAGGAUAUGGUGCAUCGUAUCCGCAACAAUAUUUCUAUCCCCAACAAAGCUACUAUCCUCAACAAAGCUACUAUCCUCAACAAAGCUACUACCCUCAACAAAGCUACUAUCCGCAACAAGUAGCACAAUAUCCAUUUUAUCAGCAGCCGCAACUUUCGUAUUAUCCGCAACAGCAACAAGCUCCUUUCUGGCCUCAAUCGUAUCUAGGUCAAAAUGUUUCUGGUUAUCAACAGUAUUGGCCACCACAACAACAACGCGUUUUUGAAACUCGAAGACUAGAUUCACCAUUGAAGCGUCGGAAAAGCAAGGAAGAAAAACGCAAAUGA